CUGCGCGCCGCGGAAGGCGCCGAUUGGCCAGCUGCCGGCUCGCGCUCGAAGGCCGCGCCGCCGCCGCGCGCCUCCGCCUCCCAUGGCGCCCCCGCUGGCCUCGGCCCGCGCACCCUGCAACUGCAACAGGAGGCCGGUGGCUCCCUGGCCGUCGUCUCGGGUCCGUAGCAAUGGAGCCGGUCAGCAUCGACAAUCUGUCCAUUCUCUACCAAAGUGCGGACUUCAUCGUCGUCAACAAGCACUGGGACGUCCGCAUUGACAGCAAGAUGUGGUAUGAAAAGCUCACCUUGCAGAGUCAGCUAAAGUACCGGUUUCCUGAACUUGCUGACCCAGACACCUAUUAUGGCUUCCGGUUCUGCCACCAACUGGACUUCUCCACCAGCGGGGCUCUGUGUGUGGCGCUCAACAAAACAGCUGCGGGCAACGCGUACAAGUCUUUCAAAGAGCGGCUGGUGACCAAGGCCUACCUCGCGCUGGUGAGGGGCCACGUCCAGACGGAGAGGAUGACCAUCCGCUAUGCCAUCGGGAAGAACACAACCGAGGGCCUGACCCACAUGAUGUGCAUCGAAGGGACGAAGGGUUGCGAAAACCCCAAACCCUGCCAGUCGGAGCUCAUGGUCCUUGAGCACGGCCUGUACAGUGGCGACCCUGUGACCAAAGUGCUCCUGCAACCUCUUACAGGACGGACCCACCAGCUCCGUGUGCACUGCAGCGCCAUCGGGCACCCAGUCGUGGGCGACUUCACCUACAGCUUCAAGAAGGACAGCGUCCCUUACCGGAUGAUGCUCCAUGCCUACUACCUGCGCAUCCCAACCUGCACGGAGCUGAUCGAGGUGAGUGCGCCAGACCCUUUCGUCCCCACCUCGGACAGCAACUGGGCACCUCAGCACGCCACACACCCGCUGGACGAGCUGAUCCAGGAGCUGAAGGAGAAGAGCAUCCAGGCCCUGGAGGAAGAAGAAAGUCAGGAACAGUUGCUUGGUGACCCAAACCCCGAGAUCCCCCCCGAAGCCAAGAGCCUGGAGACCAAGGAGCAGCGGGCCAAGUGUGAGCAGUGGCUGGCCGAGUGGGCCCUGGAAUGAGACGCCUUGGUCCCUCCCCCGCGAGCUUAACACGGAAGCCGCCGCCUUUCCCCACCGUAGCGCCGAGAAACCCUUAUCCGAGUGGCCCCCCACAUCCAGUGCCGUCUUGCUUUCACUCCCAGAAUUCCUCAGAAUUGACCUGGAUUGGAAUUUGACAGGGACUGCCUGCCUGACUAGCUUUCCCCACCCACACCUCUCAUGCUGGAGUCGUCAGUGGUUGUGCAAGCCUGCGCAUUGCGGAGAGCCAGGUGGGGUUUGUGUUCUGGAUUGGCAAAACUGGAGCAUUGUUUGACGGGGAAACUGAGCCCAGCGGAGGCUCCCCUGAGCAGACUGAGAGGAGGAUCUCUGAAGGAAAGGGUCAGAAAAAUAGGAUUGUGAGACUGGCCGGGGUCUGCAACUGACGUUCCCCUUGGCUAUGGAAGACCCAUUCUCUGUAACACCUAGAAUAUUAGGGCACUGUUUUUCCCCAACUUGGAGGAUGUGACAUUUCCUUCCAAGCUGGACUGAUGGUGCCCAGGUCUUAUCAUACAGCUGGUGCUGAACAGGAGGAUGAGCGAAUGAACACGUGAAACUAAAAAGCAAGGAGGAUCUCUCCUCUGUUUUCCUGAUUGACCUUUUCCGUCCCUAGCCCUUUGAGAGUAUUUUAUUGCCAAUUUUAAACCGACAGGCUCCAAUUUUAGAUUUUAUAGGGAUGUCGGAGAGAGAAUCCCAACUUUUAUCGGUCCUGAAACAGUAUCCGCCACAGACGUUCUUAAUAGGAAAAUAUUUUUCUAAGGCAUUUUAGUAUUUCCUCCAUGACAAAUUUUAAGAAAAUCGCCCCUCAACACAUUUUUCGUACGUGCACGAUUCUAGGAUGAAGCCAUUAACUGAAGUUGUCACAAGCCAACCAAGAUUUCAGGAUAUUCCUCCUCCAUCCUGCACAUUAGCUCAUGGAGCUAGCUUCACAGUUGUUUGGAUUUUGUUUGUGGACCUGAAACCCAUGCAGUCACAGUGCAUUUAAUUUCAUUUGCUGGCACAGAAAGCGCAGUACUCUUUCCCUGCAUCGUGCAUUUAUUUUUAACAGAGGAAGCAUUCGAUCCUCAUGGUUGGAAGUUUGAAAAUGUGCCAUGCUAGAUUUCCAGAGAUCACGAGUGGGCCUUCUCUGCUGCUUGCAAAUUUGGCCUCCUUGCUUCUGCAUCUGUCUUCCUCACCUCCAUUCCACGGGAAAACUCCUGAAUCUUUUGCCAACAAUGAAAAGCGUUGGACCCAAGCAUAGAGUACAUCAUGAAUGUUUAUGUGGAUCUUUCUUGUGAGUAGAAUUUCUGGGAACCACGGAGCGUUCAGGUUGUAUCGUGCAGACUUCUAGCAUGAUAGUGCCCAGCACCUUCUGUUCAGCAGAGGGAGGAGCUCUCUGUAAACGCUCCCUAUUCGGACACUAAGCCCUACACUCGCAUUGGUGUGGGAGUAAAGCCCACUAAAAUAAAAUGUUUAAUUUCAAAUAACUGUGUAAAAGACUGCCGUAGCAGGAGGUGGAGAGCAAAGGGGAGAUUUAAACAGCGGAAACAAUGAGAUCAGAUGCCCGGCUGGAAGCGGCAGUUCCAUAUUGUAGGCAGAAACAUUCCAUGCUUGGUGGGGCUUUUAAUGGUCCUUUUGACGUCUGUGGGGCUGCGGUCGGAUGACGGCCGGCCUAAUUUAUUCCAAAAACUUCUCCUGAAUUAAAAAGGUGCCCCCGAUGGAUGGCACAGCUGACUUUAUGCAAUUGCAGUUUUAACACGAGCGCUUUCAAAAUUGCAGAUUAACACCCCUCCACCCCCUGUUUAGAAAAGGCACUCUCUGUUUUCUCUCGCGUAGGACGGAAGGUUUUUUUCCUGGGAUGGUGCCGACUGGGACACUCUUGUGCAUCCUCCAAAAACAGAGCAACCGCCCACCCCCAUUUUCUCGGUAGCAGUGGCUGACCUCUAGAGCUGCGCACCGUUGGUGGGAGGACAUCUACAGCAGUGCAAAACCAAUUGUGCUAGCUAGUUGUGCUAAACCUGGAGCCUGCACUUUGUAGAAGGUUAGCCGCGGCUGUUCCCAGUGUGUGGGGUGGCACAGCUGCCUCUGCUUCCCGUCAGCAGCUUGGUGGCUCCUCUCUCUCCCCAACCUGACUAAUUUAUUUAUUUAUUUGAUUUCUAAUACCGCCCUCAAAAUAAUGGCUCAGGGCGGUUGACAUAAAAUAAUGACUGAUGACCAGCCUGCAGACUCUCAUAACCAGUGCUGCUCUCAUUAACACUGGGGUGGGGUGGGAAGAGAGAGAGGAGCAAACGGAGCAGCAGAAAUGGCUUCUUGUGAGGCUUCAGAUCUGGUGGAUCUGUUCCACUUGGCUUAAUCUGAAGCAGGGGUUUCCAGCCUAGAGUCCUCAGACAUUGUUUGGGCUGCAGCUCCUAUCACCCCUAAGCCGCAGUCCCAUUGUGGCUGAGGAUGAUGGGAGUUGUAGUCCAACAGCAUCUGGGGACCCAAGGUUGGAAACCCUGAGCUGAACAGCUGUUUAUUUUGUCCAGAAUCCAGAAAAACCACUUCUGUUCUCAUUGGCUUCAGUGAAGAAGAAUCUGAUGAAAGUGGUCUUGGGCUGUUGAAUAUCCUAGCCGGUUUUCUUAUUCAGUAAACCUCCUGCUCUUUAUUUUGUUCGCUUGUUGCCAGUUUAAGUUCUGAAGUGGCACUGCUGAAGCUAUUAGCACUUUGGGAAAAACUUGUAAGUGGAUCCUGAAAAGUGCUAAGGGAGUUUAAUCGCACCCACAGAGCAGUUUGGGGUUGUUGGUUUUUUUUUAGGGAACCCGUUUUUUAAUUUUUCAGAUAUGCAGAAAUGUCCCCAAUGAGCUGUUUGCACUAAAUAUUUAUGCUAUGUCCUAUUCCUUUGUGUCCCACCUAGAAUCCUUGAAACCCAAGCACAGUAUGUUUUGGGUGCAAUGUUGAACCACUCUGUCAAAGAUGGGUCCAUGUGUAGACCAAUGUAUGUACUGGCGACCCCAGAAAAUGUGAAGCAAUCUUCCAAAGUUAUUCUCAGGAUAAUGGCCCUAGGAAUUGCCAGAUUACGAGGGAAAUGGCUCGCAUCUUUCAUCUGUAACACAACCCAUGCCUUUGCUUUGUAAUUAAAUUUAACCACGUUGGAAAGCUGCAUGGUUAGGCAGCACUUAUCACUCUGGGAGGAACAUGGUUUUCUUUUCGCUGAAGGGCAAAUCCUGCCAUCGGCUGCAGAAAUGACUUUGUGUAUAAUCUGCAGCCUUGUUUUUCACUGUUGCCGCUGUGAUCCAAAUUCUUCCCCCACUCCACCCCACAGCUCCUAUUAGGACUUUAAAAAAAAAAAAAGGGUCGGUCUCCAACAUCUCAUCCAAUGUAAUUUCAGUUCAUGGGAGAACUUUCACAUUUCCUAUAUGCAUUAAGAGCAGAAAUGGCCACUUUCUGUAUCUUUUUUGAAGGUGGGGCUGAUUUACCUAUAAUAUUUCCCAGAAUCCUCUGCAAUGCCCUUAGUUUCCAUGGCAGACAUGGAUUCCUGGAAAGCAGCGAAUUUGUAGCAGUGUUUCCUCUAACAGGGAUUCCCAGAUGUUGUUGAUUACCAUGCCCAUAAUCCCCAACAAAAGCCAUCACAACUGGGGAUUCUGGGAGUUGUAGUCAACAACAUCUGGGAAUCCCUGUUAGAAGGAACAGUGGUUUGUAGCCUGCUGCCUUUGCAAACUGAGCCAUGUACAACUCCACACAGGCAUUUUUGAAUAAUGAAAGAUGCUGACUAGGCAUGCAUAUGUAUACCAGGCCAAAAGGACCUGUGGAAGAUAUUGCUGCAGUUAGAAAACAAGUCAUGCUUGCUGCCACCAGACCAGCUCUCCUCUCGGUUGGAGCUCAGCUGCUUUGAUGGUGGGCAGACAAAUGCCACUUUAUGAGGGUUGCCUGUUUGACUGCACCACUUCUUAAAAAAUAUUGACACAUCCCAUCUUCACACCUCAUGGACCAAACUGCAGAAGCCUCUGAGCUUUCCCUCAGCAUGUUCCAAAGUGUUUGGGCUAUUUUAGCUGUGUUUUUAUCCAAUAUUACAAGGCAAUGGAUAUAUAUUUUCCUUAACCUGACAUUGUAUUAAUCGUGAGUUUGGAAAAAAAAAAUCUUAUGGCAUAAUAGUCACCGUGGCCAGCACCCACUGGACUGUGGCAUGACCUUCGUUUUCAUUGCAUAUGGCCACCCAUGCUUCCAGUUUGCGUCGUCGUGAGUUUGUGGCCAACCUGGAGUUGGUUGCCUUCUUUGUGUAUUUUAAAAAAAUACGUUCUAUAUGUGGAGUUUCAUGUGUUUGUGACACUUGAUAUGGUUCCAGGAUAUUUCCAGUUAUUUAUUGUUUCACAUCUGUGGACCUGAAUGAAAUAAACCAACCUGGAAGCACA